CUAUACUGUUUGAUCGUGUGAAUGUAUUGUUAGCUCUUAUGAAGUAUUUUUUCAGUUAGCCAGCGGUUUUCCACUUAUAUAAAUCGCUACUUCUCAUGAAGCGCCUUGGCACGGUUGCCAGGAGAGUGGCACAAACGGUAUUAUGGAGAAUUUUGCAUAGAAGGCCGUUACUUUACCAGCUACUACCACGCAUUCUCCAAGGCUCCAAGCUAGAUGUGCUGAUUGGACGUACUGCCCUACCUCUAGCAAGAAAUCCACUUUAUCGUGCGGUCCAAUUGCUUCUUCGAAAUGGGAGAGCAUAUCGCCCUCUUGCAUCCAUUGCUGUCCAGCAUCGUCGAUUUUAUCAAGAGAGACCUUACCCAUACCGAAUCAAUCGUUUUUUCAUCAAGAAACGCAUUUCUGCGGGUGUGGUUGAAAGAAUUCGUGAUGUAUUCUCCACCAAUGUGCGUUAUAAUGCUGACCUUGCAAGAGGAAUUUAUCCAAACAAUAUCGAUGGAUAUGAAAUAGGACAUAAUAUCGGUUACGGAUGCAAUGCAGCUGUUUACGCACUAAAAGUUCGCGAGGUUGAGCUCACAGGCAAAGCGCGCAAGAAUUUAUCUACAAAUCUUUUACCACAGAAGAAUCGGAAUUCUCAAAAUGAGUAUCCACUUGCUUUGAAGUUGAUGUACAACUUUGCUUUGGACAUGUGCCCUCGCUUGGGGGACAAUUAUCUCUGGCGAUCCAUGGGUGCCGAACUUGUACCACUUCCUGGAAGUGGACAACUCCUCAAUGGAAGAAUGGGAAGUUAUCGUCCGUUACCUGACUUUCAUCCCAACGUUGUGCGGGUGCUCACCGCGUUUGUUGAUCGCAUGCCUAUCCUGGAGGAUGCGAAGUCUGCUUAUCCGGAUGCGUUACCCAAUGCGCCUUUCUAUGAAAUGAUUAUAAACGAACCGAGGACCAUGUUUAUCGUUAUGAAGAGAUAUCGAAUGACUUUGCGCGAUUAUUUGGUGGACUUGAAGAGGAAAUGUAACGAUUAUGUCGCCCGCGUACUUUUUGGUCAACUGCUGGAAGGCUGUGUGUUUUUGUACGAUAAUGUCGUGGCACAGCGUGACAUGAAGAGCGACAAUAUCCUCCUCGAGUUUGAUGAUCCAGACGAGGUUCCGCGUUUGGUAAUAUCCGACUUCGGGUGCGCUUUGGCUAAAGGCAGCUGGAUAGUGAAGUAUGCUGAUGAUGCGAUUGAUUUGGGUGGAAAUAGGAGGACACGUGCCCCCGAAAUUGUGACUGCACAGCCUGGUCCCGAUUGUCUUUUGGACUUCCGUAUGGCAGAUACUUGGGCUGCAGGAGCAUUGGGAUACGAAAUAUUUACGAGAGUGAAUCCAUUCUAUUCGCGUUUGGAUAGUGCUAAAUACAAGGAGGAAGAGCUACCCCUUCUACCGCGAUUGACUGGAAGACCAGUCUGUGAAGUUAUUCGAAAUCUCCUCAAACGGGAUCCUGCCGAGCGUCUUCUGCCCCACAUUGGUGCAAAUGUGAUCUGCCUAUCGCUGCUCCGGCUUGGUGGAGAUUUUCAAUCGUUUCUGACAUCCAGGGGUUUCUCUAACAUCAUCAACCCGGUUGUGAUUCAUGAUAAAAGCUCUACUACUGUGUCGCUCGAACUGCUAAAUCGUACUGCUGAGAAAGUGUUGGAUGAUGUGCUGUUUUUGAUGUCUGCGGAAACUAUGGCAUCUCGUGCCUCUCCCUCAACAAUUAUAAGCAAAGCAGAGCGGCAGCUUCGCGCUACCUUCCUUUCUCGCUUGAACCGAGACCACGUUUGGAAGGCAGCUUCAUAUUUUCUCCCAAAACAAGUAGCUCACAAUGGAACAUCCGACGGCAACCAUUCAUCUCUUGCUGCUGCUGUUGAUAAGAUUUCUCUGGGAAGUGGAGUAGUGCAUCGAUGUAGCUCAUUAAUUCUCUACUAA